GGUCAAUUCUUAGUAGUGCAUGGCAUUAAGCUCUUAAAGAAGUAACAUUCACAGUAUUUUGUACCUAUAUACUUGUUUUUUUUCUAACAUGAAUGCCAUCAACAGUGCUGCUGGUGCAGUAGAGUGGAGGAUCAGGAUGGCUGAUGGCUCGUCCGAAAAUUUGGCACCAGAAUCAAUUUUUGUCACAAGAAUGUACCUUUCAUUCGAACGAUUCUUGAAAAAUAUAAUCUUGUUAGUUCGGAGAUUCUUCGAGAAAGCCUGGAACAUAGGGAGGAAUGAUCCAAGAAAGGUGAUCCACGGUCUUAAAGUCGGAAUAGCGCUAAGCGUUGUGUCGUUGUUUUAUUAUAUGAGACCUCUGUAUAAUGGUGUUGGAGGUACUGCAAUGUGGGCUGUUAUGACUGUUGUGGUUGUUUUUGAGUACACUGUAGGUGCAACACUCUACAAGUGCUUAAACAGAGCUACUGGUACUUUUUGUGCUGGAUUUCUUGCAAUAGGGAUCCAUUGGAUUGCUAAUCAAUCAAGCAAAAAGUUUGAGCCUGUAAUUAUGGGAGUUUCCAUUUUCAUAUUAGCCUCAGCAGCAACCUUUACAAGGUUCAUUCCAGCAGUGAAAGCGCGGUUUGAUUAUGGCACUAUGAUCUUCAUCCUAACUUUCACUUUGGUUUCAAUAUCUGGAUAUCGCGUUGCAAAUUUGUUGAACAUGGCUCACGAGAGAGUAUCAACGAUCAUCAUCGGUGCUUCCUUGUGCGUUAUUACAAGCAUUCUCAUAUUUCCUAUAUGGGCUGGUGAAGAACUUCAUAAACUUGUCAUUAGUAACCUGGAAAAGCUAGCAGAGUCCUUAGAUUGUUGUGUAGCUGAAUAUUUUAGUGACAGUGAAGACACAACAGCAAAUACUAAGAAAAUGCUAUCUUUCAAGUGUGUGUUGAAUUCAAAGGCCUCAGAAGAAGCAAUGGCAAACUUUGCUCGAUGGGAGCCAGCACAUGGACUGUUCAACUUUCAACAUCCAUGGGGAAAGUACCUUAAGAUCAGCGCGUCAAUGCGCAGUUGUGCCUGCUGCAUUGAGGCACUAACAAGCUGCAUCAGUCAAAAAGAUCAGGCUUCCGAGCUCUUGAAGAAUCAACUUACUAACACUUGCCAACAAGUAAGUUCGAGUACAACUGAGAUACUGAAAGAGUUAGCAUUAAACAUGAAGACAAUGAGGAAAUCCUCCAGGACGGAUAUGUUAAUCCAAGAAAAGAACAGUGCGAUUCAAGAACUAGAAACUCUGAUGGAACAACUUUCAGGAUUACUUAUUCAGCCAAAAGUGGCUGAGAAUGAGAAGGAUGAUCAAGAAAAGUCAGUUAUAAGAACAAGUAGUAAUGUUAUAGCUCUGGCUGAACUCAUACCAACUGCUACAUUUGCUUCAUUAGUGAUCGAAAUUGCUACGAGGAUCGAAGGGGUUGUUGAUGCUGUUGAGGAAUUAUCCAAAAUGGCAAAAUUCAAAGCUGAGGAUGCUGAGAUGAUCAAACAAAACAAACCAGUUGCUAGUUCAUGAUUUCAUAUGUCUUGGAAACAGCCUCUGGCAGAAAUGCAAGUUAAGGCUGCGUACAAUACAUCCUUGUGGUGUGGUGGGGCCUUCUCGAACCCUUCGCAUAGCGGGAGCUUUAAUGCACCGGGCUGCCGCGUUUUUUUUUAGUUAUGUUCAGGUGACCAAAUGCUUUUGUUGUACUAUAAUGAAUGGUACCAUUUGACUAAGAAAGUAUAAAAUAUCUCCAAUUUGCUAAUUAUCCAUUUUUACAUAAUUCCUACAUUCAUAUUUUCAUUAUAUUUUAACUUCGUUCGCUAAAAUACAUAAAUAAAUGUAUCUCAUUUAUAAAACUUUUAGACGAAAGAGUCACACACUUUGCUAGAUAAAGAUAAGUAAACAGCUAGCAAGAACCCUAUUUAUAGUAGUGCAAAACCUAUUUUAGUUAAGAAAUAGAAAACUUAUUUCUGAUUUAUUUUACACUAAAAAUGAAUUAAAUAAAUAUCAAAUCUUACACAAAUUUGAUUUUCUACCCCAACUCCUUAAAAUAAAUAAAAGAAAAAUAACAUAAACAUACACAUUAACUUACCAUAUUUAC